CUUACUGCGCUAAGUAGCAGCCGUUUUUGGAGCAGACAUGUCUUACUAAUUAAGAGGACCUAAACUUCAGAACACAAACUGUACCGACACUUUCUCUACUACAGGAACGAAACAGACCUCAGGUCGCCUCCGAACGGCGAAUAAUACAAUAGUCCGGAAAUGUUUUUUCAAAUUCAUGCCCCUGGUAAGUGUUUCAUUUCAUCCGUCCAGUGUCCAAGUUUUGAUGGUGCCUUCCAUCGACAACACAAGCCGCCAAGUUCUCCUGAGCAAAGAAUACUUCCUCUGCUCUUCAUUUCAACGAUUCGACAAAUCUUUUGUCUCUCGCCACUUCUGCUGAUACGUAUCUGAUGUCAAUUCUUUCCAUCGUGAAUACCGCUUGAACACUCCAACUUUUCUUUGAGAUUACAGCCACAUAGUCCCAUUAAACCAGAUUGAAGUGACCUCCGAGACCUGAACUUCGCUCGGUUGUAUACAAUUUAGUGGUUUCAGGAGCUAGUGGUGUAAUAUAAGAUCUUCAAUGCGUUGUCCAUGUACUAUUGAAUGACAGUUUUCUCGCCCCGCGCGGUACAUUUUUCCCUCGGGAGCCUCUCGACCAAUUGGAAAUAAUUGCACUCACAGAAUGCGAGUUGAAACGAUUUUCGGGGGCCUUCCGUGCAUGCGCUCCCUCACCCCUUGCGUGUCACCCUCGCGCGCGCCCGUUCUCUCUUUAGCCCGCUACUUCCAACUGCCUGCUCACGCAGGCUACUUUGGAGUUAGAAAUUUUUUCCCCGACAUAUAACGACGUAAACAUUUUUUUCAGCAUUAUACGUCAUGAGCGAUGUUUUUUCAGUACAGGAUAUUUUUCUCCCAGGAAUUUAUUUGCAUGCUUUUUCCCUCUCGAAAUCAGUCUGAAAUCAGUUUUUUCUGAAAUCACCGAUAAGCCCCUCAAAAGUCAAAUGGUCGGCCCCUAAAAUCCACCAAACAUUUGGUCAGUUGACUGAUUCUGAUUUGUCAAUCAUUUCUAAAGGCUUUUUUUGAAACUCUCUAGGAGGGAGGGGAGGACUUCGUUUCUACUUACCCCUAACCGGAAAGUCCGGAUGGACGGACGUACAGUGACGUCAUAACCAAAUUUUCUCGGAUGGAUAGUUUACCAAAUUUUAUUACUCACAUGCUCCCUGCGCGCCCUUCGCCCCCUUGGAGGCUCCGCUAAGACGCGUCCUCUUAGGUAAGUCGCGUCUUAAUGUGCCGUUUGUACGGGAUAGUUUGCGUCUUAUUUAGGACACGUCUCAUUUUUCCUCGUAUAAAUGGCCUUAACAUAAAGGACAAUCAAUUGUGGGCUUUAAGCGAAACCGUUCAAAAAAUUUCCAAAAUCACCUAUACGGCCAGCCAGUUCUCACUUUUGACGAGCGCCAAAUUUUCAUUGAACGUUUAAAUAGAGUUACGCUUCAACAUAAUAAAGAAUUUAUUGUGUUUAUUUUUUUUAUUGAAGGGUUUUUUAUAACGAUGUGUAAUCUUAAAAAGUGUUUGAUAUGCGCGGCAUUUUGAGUUAACUCCUGCAAGCUAUAUUCAUAAACGACUGAAGACAAACGGCACAGCGAUUAAAAUUGCAAGAAAGACUACUAACAAUCAAUAAAAGAAAUAUAAUUCGGUGAAACAUUCACAGAGACAGCAAUUUUCAUUCACGAAGACAAGUAUUAAAGUGUUUCUUAAAAUCCUGAGUCUUAAAGCUAAUAUAGCCUAUAUCAAGUUUAUGUUUUAAGCCGGCCUCCUGGUGUUUGCUUUUCUCAAAGAUGAACUCGAGCCGAGAAAAUCGCUCAAAGUUUUCUUUUUACAGCCAAUUUAUAACUAAAUAUUCUUCGGGACGUUUUUUUUUCUAUUUGUGGUGAGAAAAUAUAUCUUAAGGCCUUUUAAAGUUCUGUAAUCAAUUGAUCAAUCAAUCAAUCUUUAUUCUCCUAAAUAAAAAGACUUAUCUUAAGUUACAUGCAUCUGCAGUUGAGAAUCUAAAAAUAAAUAAGACAUACUGUAUACAAAUAAAAAGAUAAAGAUACAUAAGACAUACUGCAUGUAUACAAAUAAUAGAAAGAUCAAAGAUUAUAUGUAAAAAUAAUCCUAUUUACAAAGACAUUCUUAAAUCUAUCAGUCUUCAUAUCCGGGCGAUGAGCACUUUUGUUUCUGAGUAGCUGACUUUGUUUCUCUCUUUUUCGGAAUGAUGUUACUGAGCGGGUCCGGGAUCCACUCAACGUACCUUGAAAAGCUUCUUAUCUGCCUUUUCUAAAAGUUCUCGAAUGUCCAUUUUCUUAGAUGUGUAUUUCCUUUUAAAGCAUCUAUCCAGGAAGUUUUGUAUGACCGUGGGAUCUGAGUCUACAGCGCCAUAAACAGGCAGACCAUAAGUAAAAUUCGGUAAAAUUAAGGCGCUAAAUAGGUGGUCCACUUCACCUUGACUGAAACCUUCCUUCCGUAAAGAUCUUAAUACAAACAGACACUUAUUUGCCUUAAUCAACUUAGCACGUACGUGUUCGCUAUAUUUACAAUUCUCUUGAAACGUAACGCCUAAAAUGGGCAGCUCCGUGCAUUGCGGAAUGUUAUUAACUUGCGCAAUAUCCUGAAUAAAACUUAAGCUUAUAUCAAACCUGAUACUAGGUCAGAUCAUUGUCUCAAAUCUUACAAACGUGCAUAAACUUGCCUCAUAAACUGUGCUCGACUACAUGAAAUUAGAUAUAAAAAAACAAACAACAAAUACAAUAAUUACUCAGGCUUACCAUUCGAGAUGCAGCUCCUGAAAGCUAUCAAGUAACGCGAGAAUCGCUUGAGAAUUUUGAAUCCUCUUUAAUUAAUACGCAUCAACCAAGGUGAAAAACGAAAACGAUGCCAUCCGAAAUCGGAUUUCCGACUUUGACAAGCGCCGCAUCUCUCAACCAAAAAACCAAUAAACAAACUAGCCAUGAAUAACAGAAGACUCUUGAUAGCAGCUGUAUUUCAUUUUGUACAUCCAGUGGAAAAAGACAGUUAAAAACAUCACAAGUUGACAAAAAACUCUGUCAGCUUCAGCUGUCAAAGUAAACAAGUUUCAAGAUGCUGCAUAAAUUUUCCGCAUGAACUCACCUGUCAAAUUUUGACCAAUCAGAGCAUAAAAAUUGGACGUACAGCGUGACCAACGCCUGACCUGGGUAAGAAAAGGUCUUCUCAAACUCAUUAAUAAUUCAUAAAGAAAAUUCAAAGGAAAUUAAUGUUUAAUGAGUGUUUGGAUAUCUGAUAAAAAACUGCUCAUUUUUGCAUCCUUAAUUUCUCCUUCAAAAAUGAUUUUGUUUGAGAAGAAAUAUCAAACAUUCGACACAGUGUUUCAUCAUCAGAUGAAACACCUCGAAGUUCGUCAAAAAUACUCCGCUGCGCGUCGUAUUUUCAACUCUCUUCUCGGUGUUUCAUCUGGUGAUGAAACACUGCAUCUCAUGUUUGAUAUAUUACUUCCCCGCCUGUAUUUUUAAACAACUGGCUGAAUGUUCGCAUACAUGGUUAGUUUGAAAUCAAAAUCUUAAUAGUGCGGGGCCAUCAUGACAUAAACACAGCAUAGUUCAUAUAAAUUUAAAAAAAAAAUAAACUUGAGCUUGCGAUCAUUUGAUCAUUUAACUUGUCAGCGGAUAACUUAAAAAAAGUACUCGACCCCGAUGGGUCGACACCUAAGCCCGCGAUACGGUCAGGUGAUACUGAUCAGCGGAUACCUUGUUUUGACAGCUGUCAAUUGAUCACAACAUUGAUGUGCAAUCAGUUUCCUCCUAGGCUCCCAAAGUAGUUAGAAAAUGUGAAAGUAAACAUUGGUUUUCCUGUGGUGCGGACGGACGGUCGAGCGGUGUACGGUCACGUGAUUACCAAAUUUUCUGGGAUGGGUAGAUUUACUAAGCUAUGGGGCUCCGCCAUGAGGAGCGAGAGUCAAAGAUCGCGCGAAACAUGGCGCCCUCUUUCACUUUUUGGCUCUCGUUUCACUUCUCGCGCGGCCAAAACCGAAAAUUUCUCUUAUUGCUCCCGAAACCAAACGGAAACGCUUGCUGCGCAGGCUACUUGGCCUCUAACAAAUUUACUUAUAAAAUUACACUCUCGUGGUUUGAGUUAUGACGUGAUAAGUUAUAGUAGUUCUGACAGCUCAGAGCUGGCGCUUUAAAAAAACGGUUUUCGUGAACCCAUUUAAAGCACCUGCAAGGAUCGCAGUCUAGUAACUCUGAUACAGGUGGCCUCAUGAAAGUACAUGUAGUUGAAUCUCCUUUGAGGAGAGAAACCGAGGCAUAGGCGAGUACAUCUUGGAGUUGUUGCGCGUUUUUUGUAAAGUUCGACGUGCUUACACAAGGAAUCUGUUUACUACUUCUUAGUUAUUUAAGUCAUUGCCUUUUUCGUAUGAAUCUAUUUUCAGGCAAUAAAACGGAGUGCGUCCAACAUAACACCAUAGACGAUGACUCGAGAUAUUACAACUACUACCAGAGUUACGGUAGCUCCAAAUGUGACCAACACUUACCAGAGGGCUGGUAUAGGUUUGUGACGCGAAAACUCAUGAACACAAAUUGUGGUUAUUCAAGUCACUAUUGUAACACAGAUCACCCUGGCUGGUUAAAUGGAAACCACCCGUCUGUUGAAGAGGGUGUCGUUACUCGCCAAGUCUGCUUUAACUCUGGCUCGUGUAGUUGUAGCUACAGCACAGAUAUCAAGGUUUUGAAUUGUGGUUCGUUCUACGUGUACAAGCUGAAGCCAACACCGACUUGUAAUCUUCGCUAUUGUACCCAAUAA